AUGCCUAACUCUCACAUACCACCGGAAUCGAAAAGCCACAACUCGAAUGGUGGUGCUAUGCGCGUUAAGACUGGUGGAAUGAAGCCCGAUAGGUCUAGGCGCGCUUGGUCACCUCGUGAGGAGGAAGUCCUCAUACUUGCCUUGAAGGACCUAGUCACUAACCGUUGGAAGGCCGAUAAUGGGUUCCGAGCAGGAUUCCUCACUCGUGUUGAAGAAUAUAUCCGUCGAGAAAUCCCUAACACAACUGUGAAAGCCCAACCUUAUAUUUCCUCUAAGAUCAACACUUGGAAGAAAUUCUACAAUUCAUUGAAUUCGAUGCUUGACCGUAGCGGUGUUGGAUUCAACUCAGAUGGUGACUGGAAGAUAGAAUGCAACGACGAGCAGUGGGCCCAAAUCGUGAAGGUUGAUUCUAAAGCACGCUAUAUGAGGUAUAAGUCUUGGCCAUUUUACAAUGACUGGAAGCACAUAUAUGGGAAGGAUCAUGCAGCUGGUAUAAGAUGCGAGGGCAUGACUCAAGCUUUUGCCAAAAUGGGUGCUGCCCCUUCUCCGACUGGUCGUGUCCCUUCACCAACUGGUGGUGACCCUUCUCCCAUGCCGGAGCCUCAUCCUGAUGUGUACAAUGUCAAUCUAGAGGAUUUGUACACCCAAGAGGAGAUCCAAGAAAGCCUCAAUCCGGAUACCGGAUGUGAAAGCUCUUACAAAAGCCACACUACAUCCAACAAACCUAAUCGCAAAAGGAAGGCAGGGGCUGCAUUGGAAUCCAUCUUGGAGGCGAUGUCAAAGAUGAACGAAGAAACGAACCAGCGCCUGGACACUUUAACAACCCGUAUCGGGUACGAGUUCGACCUAAGUGCUAAACGAACUGAAGUUUCAAAACUGCUGCGCACCGUCCCAGGUUUGGAUAGGAAGCAAAAAUUCCUUGCUAGCGACAUACUUGUGAAGGAGCCCGAGAGGCUGGACCUUUUUAUGGGCUACGACGAUGAUGAGAAGGCUGACUACCUCAUGCAUAUCCUUGAGGAAAAAAAUGGUAAGUGA